AUGAAAUUAAUCAAACGAUAUAUCAUUAUUUUUUGUACACUUUUUUGUUUAUAUUUUAUUAUUGCUUAUAAAAAUCGUCUAUUUCCAUCGUUUAUAUUGGGUAAAUUUCAUAUAUUAUCAACAGAUAAAAAUGUGACAGUAAAAUUAAAAGAUCUUCAAUAUUAUUAUCAAUCAAAAACAAAUCCCAAUAUUAUACUCUAUGAUGUUAAACAAGAAAAUUCAUGGAAAUUUCAAUGUCCAUUUACAAAAUAUAAAGAAUCAGAUAUUUCUGAUGUUCAAAUUUGUAUAUAUAAUCCAGAACAUGAUGAACAUAUCAGUGGACAAUUGAAUGAUUAUGGAAAAUGGGAACCAGUUGUUGUACGAAGUUUUUUAAGAUUAUUACGUGCAAUUCCAAAUACUCAUUUGAUCGACGUUGGCGCAAACAUUGGCCUUUAUACAUUGCUCGCAACUCAAUUAAAUCGUCAUGUUCUUUCUAUUGAACCAUUACACGAUAGUCUCAUACGUUUACAUAAAUCAAUUCAAUUAAAUAAUGUUGAAAAUUUUGUGACAGUUAUUGCAAAUGCUAUUGGAACUAAACAUGAAAAAUUACAAUUGAAUAUUGUUGAUAAAAAUAUUGGUGGUUCUUAUUUAUCUAUACUUGAUAAAAUGAAACCACCCGUUAAAAUAAUACCAGAUAUAGUAAUUACACCAAAAGUAUUAGCAGAUGUUGAUACAAUUGUUUUAGAUGAUCUAAUUGAUAUUUAUCCGUCCUAUUUUAAACGUGCAAUAUUAAAAUUGGAUAUUGAAGGUUUUGAAGCGUAUGCAUUUCAAAAUGCAACUAUUUUAUUUAAUAAAACAGAAAUACCCGCUGUUUAUAUGGAAUUUGGAAAAUUAAUUGAAUUGAAAUCGUCGAAUGAAAUGAUGGCGGCAAUUAAAUAUAUGAUUCAUUUUUUAAAAAUAAGAAAUUAUGAACCUUAUGAAGUAAAUGAUAUAAAUCAUUUAUCAUUUGACAAUUGGGAAAAGUGGCCUUGGGAUAUUGUAUUUAAACGAUGUGAUCUAUGUAGAUGUGCAGGCAUGGAUAAAGCAGUCGGAUCAGUUGAAUAG